GGAAGAAGUCGAGCCCAAGAUAUUUCCGGUUCCGGUGUCAGUUCGAGGCGCCGCCGCCGCAGCCGCCGGAGCCGCGAUGCCUAAAGGAGGGAGAAAGGGAGGCCACAAAGGCCGGGCAAGGCAGUAUACGAGCCCUGAGGAGAUCGACGCACAGCUCCAGGCUGAGAAGCAGAAGGCCAGGGAAGAAGAGGAACAAGAAGAAGGUGGAGAUGGGGCUGCAGGUGACCCCAAAAAGGAGAAGAAAUCUCUAGAUUCAGAUGAGAGUGAGGAGGAAGAAGAUGACCACCAGCAAAAGCGCAAAGGUGUGGAAGGGCUCAUCGACAUCGAGAACCCCAACCGGGUGGCACAGACAACCAAAAAAGUCACACAGCUGGAUCUGGAUGGGCCAAAGGAGCUUUCAAGGAGAGAACGAGAAGAAAUUGAGAAACAGAAAGCAAAAGAGCGUUACAUGAAAAUGCAUUUAGCUGGAAAGACAGAACAAGCCAAGGCUGACCUUGCCCGGCUGGCAAUCAUCCGGAAACAGCGGGAAGAGGCAGCCCGAAAGAAAGAAGAGGAGAGGAAAGCAAAAGAUGAUGCGACUUUGUCAGGAAAACGAAUGCAGUCGCUCUCCCUGAAUAAGUAAGCGCAGCCUGUGGGAGGAGAUGCCAGGGACUGGGCUGCACUGCCAGGACCUCUGCUGUGUCUCGCCCACCCUGGGCCCUGGCGCCACUGCAGCAGCCCCUCAUGGCCAGGAGCCCCUGUGGCCUGGGACCUGCUCUUCAUCUUGGCACAGAAAUUGUUUGGGGGGAUGUGGGAGGGCCUGGGGGGAGGGGCAGCUGCUAUCUUUUGAGACAGAAAGAUGCAGGACAGCAUUUCAUAUGUAACCAUUUGAAUGUUUUUGCUGUUUUUAGAAUUCAGAACCCUUGCUGGGGGGGUGCCUGGGAGGUGGGUAAGAAGAGCUUCCGUUUGUCCAGUAGAUUGCACGUUAGUGGGCAGUUGUGCCAGGGGCUGGCUGCUGAUGACUUUGUGACAACCAGCCCCAGUCUGUGUUGCCUGGGUGCUUACCUAGAGAGGGGCCAUCUCUAGGAGCCCAUGCCCCUAGGUCCCUGAGGGUCAUGGCUUGUCCCUGGCCAGUCCCCUCCAACUGAGGCCCCUCCUCUCCACCCUUCCCCACCCCAUUCUCACCCACCUGGCCAGGGCCAGUGCGCAUUUUUAACCCUACCCAUUGAUCAUUUCAAGAAACUUCUAUUUACUGUGCAGCACCCAGGCAAAACGCUCCACAAAUUCAACUUGUAUAUUUGGCAGAUUAAAUUUGACUUUAUCUUAA